AUGAAUAAAAAGUUAAGGUCAGAAGAAGACGAUGUAGGUGUAUCAAUGUCAAAAUAUGCUCGUAUGGAUGUCUGUGAGGGUGAUGAGAGCACGGAUAGUAAAGAACGUUUUGCGCGUGAGAAUCACAGCGAAAUUGAGCGAAGAAGACGUAAUAAAAUGACACAUUAUAUUAAUGAAUUAGCCGAAAUGGUUCCUCAGUGUGCUGCGUUGGGCAGAAAACCUGAUAAAUUAACCAUUUUACGGAUGGCUGUUUCACACAUGAAGGCAAUCCGUGGCACAUCACAGAAUGGCGCAGAAGCAUCUUAUAAACCAUCGUUUUUAACUGACCAAGAAUUGAAACAUUUAAUUCUGGAAGCAGCAAAUGGAUUUUUAUUUGUUGUUUGUUGUGAUACGGGGCGUAUUUUAUAUGUUGCCGAUUCGAUCGUACCUGUUUUGAAUAUGCGUCAGGAGGAUUGGUUACAUCGCCCAAUCUACGAAUUGAUUCAUCCAGAUGAUAUGGAGAAAGUCCGUGAUCAGUUGUGUGGCAGUGAUGCUACAUUGAAUCGGGUUUUAGACUUGAAAACAGGAACUGUUAAAAAGGAACAAGGAUCGGUGCGGGUGCAUAUGAGUUGUCGACGUGGAUUUAUCUGCAGAAUGCGUUUGGGUCCAUUAGAGCAGCUGCAUAGGCUGUGCAAUCGUCGACCGUUAUUCAUUCAUAACGGUCAUCAUUAUGUGGUUGUGCACUGUACUGGUUAUGUGAAAAAUUCACCACCUGGUGGUUUAAAUGCACCACAGUCAAGUUGCUUGGUGGCAAUUGGUCGAUUACAAGUGGCCAGUAUGCCAGUUACAACCGAUUUAGGAUCACCACCUCAAUUUUCGUUGCGUUUGGCAGAAGAUGGAAAGAUCACCUUUGUUGAGCACAAAGCAGUUUCAAUACUAUCCAUACCAACUGAGCAAUUGCUAGGUCGAUACUGGUGGGAUAUUGUGCAUCCAUCAGAUGAACAAGCCCUUCAUGAGAUGUUUUUGCACAUAAUGCAGGAUCAGCCAGCGCAUAUAUCAGUUCGUAUACGUACACAGCGUGAUAUGGCAUUAUGCUCAAUAUCGGCGAGUAAAUUCGUUAAUCCAUAUUCUGAACAAUUCGAGUACAUUGUUGCCACACAUAUUCUUAUACCACCAAACGAUGAUGCUUGGCAUGCGGCUGGAUCGCAGUUAUUUCAACAUGCCACGUCAGUUCAUGGCACUGAAUUUGAACAUCCGACAGCAAUUGGCACAGGCGGUGGGGUUAGUAGUGGUGGAACGGCAGCUGGAGAUUGGGCGACAGCAUCCGGCUUCACGGCUGACGGCUUGUUACCGUUGAGUGGCAGCAGAAGGCAGACGACAUCCACAACGACUACAACAUCCACGACCAACUGGCCCCACCCUCAACCACAACCCACCGAACAUUGGAAUGCAACAACUAAUGAAUCAUUCGCACAGCGGUGA